CCGGCUUCCGGAGUCCCGGCAGACGCCGGCGGCUUCCCCGCGUGGUUCUCGCUGCUGCCCUCCAGGGUCUGAGCCGCUUCCUAGUCCCCGCCGGCAUGAACCGCUACCUGCUGCCGGUGUCCGUGCUGGGCACCGCGGUGGGCGGCGCCGUGCUGCUGAAGGACUAUGUCACUGGGGGCACUUGUCCCAGCAAGGCCACCAUCCCCGGGAAGACGGUUAUCAUUACAGGCGCCAACACGGGCAUCGGGAAGCAGACCGCCCUGGAACUGGCCAGAAGAGGAGGCCGCGUCAUCCUGGCCUGCCGCGACAUGGAGAAGUGCGAGGCCGCGGCCAAGGACAUCCGCGGGGAGACCCUCAACCCCCGCGUCUGCGCCCGGCACCUGGACCUGGCUUCCCUCAGGUCCGUGCGCGAGUUCGCCAAAAAGAUCAUCAAAGAGGAGGAGCGCGUGGACAUUCUCAUCAACAAUGCGGCCGUGAUGCGCUGCCCGCACUGGGUCACCGAGGACGGCUUUGAGAUGCAGCUGGGCGUCAACCACCUGGGGCAUUUUCUGUUGACAAACUUGCUGCUGGACAAGCUGAAGGCCUCCGCCCCGUCGCGGGUCAUCAGCCUCUCGUCCCUGGCCCACGUGGCUGGGCACAUCGACUUCGAUGACUUGAACUGGCAGAAGAGGAAGUACGACACCAAGGCUGCCUACUGUCAGAGCAAGCUGGCUGUCGUCCUGUUCACCAAGGAGCUGAGCCGGCGGCUGCAGGGCACGGGUGUGACCGUCAACGCUCUGCACCCUGGCGUGGCCAGGACGGAGCUGGGCAGACACACAGGCAUGCACAGCUCCGCCUUCUCCAGCUUCACGCUCGGGCCCAUCUUUUGGCUGAUGGUCAAGAGCCCCCAGCUGGCGGCCCAGCCCAGCACCUACCUGGCCGUGGCAGAGGAGCUGGAGGGUGUUUCUGGAAAGUACUUUGAUGCACUCAAGGAGAAGGCUCUGGCCCCUGAGGCUGAAGAUGAGGAAGUAGCCCAGAGGCUUUGGGCUGAAAGUGCUCGCCUUGUGGGCUUGGACGUGUCCCACGAGCCCCCCGUGAGGGGACAGUCCCGCCCCAGAUAACCUCAGCAGCAGGUUUGAAAAGUCAGCUUGUUCUCCAGAGUAGAGCGGCAAGCUCAAGGAUGCUGGCAGCUAGCCCAGCCUGUAUCACCCUCCAGAGAACAGGGUGGACCCUAUGAGCCCGAGACGGAUGUGGCAGCUACUCCUUCACUGUCCUCCAGGGGGCAGUGUUGGCAACAUGUGACGUUAAAGAUAAACGGGGGAGGCUGCUCUGCUGUUGCCAUCCUAUAGGGCCAGCGUUGGCCUCAAGAACAAAGGCUCUAGAUGCCAAUCUUUUGGCAUCCUCUGGGGAGAUGUAUUGGCACCUGGGAACUUCAUGGGCACUUGCUGUGCCCUCACUGUUCUCUAGUGCCUGUGAUGGCCCCAUCUCUGGUAGCUGUGCACCGUGGA